UUAAAACAGCACCAGAGAAUCCAUACUGGAGAAAAACCAUACAAGUGCUCACAUUGUGGACAGAGUUUCGCUCAGUCAGGAACCCUGAAAAAGCAUGAGAGGACACAUGCUGCAGAGAAGCCUUUCCUCUGCCUUCCGUGUGGGAGAAGUUUCAGCCAACAGAGCUCUCUACUGGCUCACGUUAACAACCACUGUCCAAAGCUGUCAAAAUCUGGUUCUCCAUACCACAAUGAGCUGUGACGUUGUAAAGAUGGAGUUUAUUAAAGAGGAGAAUGACGAUACGAGAAUUUCUGAAGCAUGCAGAGUAAAAGAUGAAGAUACUGAGGAACAAAGUGACUUGAAAUUACACAAGAAAAUUGAAGAAUUACAGGAAACGGAGAAGACACAUCAGAACCAGGAACCUCAAGAUGCUGUAAAAGAACAAAGAACAGAAGCCAAAAAGUCUUUUACCUGCCCUCAAUGUGGAAAGAGCGUCACACGUAAACAAAGCCUCAAGGAUCACAUAAGAGUUCACACUGGAGAGAAACCUUUCACAUGUCUUCAAUGUGGAAAAAGUUUGAAAUGUAAAAAAGGCUUUAGGAUGCACACAAGACGUCACACUGGUGAGGAGCCAUUCACAUGCCCUCAGUGUGGAAAGAUUUUUUUAAGUAAAAGCAACCUUAAUACUCACAUGCGAAUUCACACUGAAGAAAAGCCAUUUACAUGUGAUCAGUGUGGAAAGAGUUUCAAAUGGUCAAACAGUCUCAGAGUUCAUAAGCUCAUUCACUCUGGAGAAAAGCCAUUUGAUUGUGAUCAGUGUGAUAAGAAGUUUUUUCAGGAAUCAGAUUUAAAGGGCCACAUGAAAGUUCACACAAAAGAGAAGCCUUACUUGUGUUCUGUUUGUGGAAAGUCGUUUUCAUGGCUGGACCGUUUUAAAGACCAUCAGAAAAUACACACUGGUGUGAAAGAGUAUUUGUGCUCUGAUUGUGGUAAAGCUUUUACUACAGCCACUCUGUUAAAAGUGCACCGAAGGAUCCACACUGGAGAAAGACCUUACAAGUGUUCGUAUUGUGAAAAGAGUUUCAAACAGUUAGGAGGUCUGCGAGGACACGAGAGAAUUCACACUGGAGAGAAGCCCUAUCAAUGCCAUCAAUGUGGCAAGAGAUUUGGCCAUUCCAAAAGUGCACAGAUUCACAGUAAGAAGUAUUGCCCAAAAUUAAAUGGAAAGUCAAUACGAUUGGAGGAAAAAGACCAUAAGAGCACAAUGAUUAAUAAGUGCUAAAUUAUUGCCCUUGCUUUACUUUAUCUUUUUUUGUGAAUCAAAAUGUGAAAAAUGUCCAAACAUACACAAGUAGAUCAUGCAGUCAUUUACAGAAUGAAAAUGAAUGAGUGUUUAUAUACUUGCAUUAUAGUAUAUAAUGGUUAAUGGGUUCACUGAAACCACUGAAAAGGGACCAAAUGAGAUUAACUUUUUAUUAAAACAAAUAUUUCACCAUGA